AAUAAAUAUGGUGAGAAUAACACAUCUGUUUUACAAAUGAAUAAGAUAAGUUCAAGAAAUUUAUCUGAUGUACAAGUGGAAAAUUUCCCUUCUUUAAAUCAUGGUGAGAAAACGUAUGAAAAGAAUGAUGAAAAAGACGAAUCAAAUAAUAACAAUUCAAAUAUAAAUAAACAACCAAGUGAAGAUGAUGAAGAGCUUUCACAAAACAAUAAUAAUGAUAAUAAGAAUAAUAACAGUACUAAUAAUGUCAAUAAUAAUAUAAGUAAUGUUAGUAAUGAUUCUGGAAAUGUAUUAAGUAAAAAAAUUAAGAAAAAAACAUACUUAAAUUAUAAUGAUUUGACAAAACAAUUAACGAAAGAAGAAUUAUUUUAUGUUCUUAAUUCAUUAAAAAAGGUACCUGGAAGAAGAAACCUUAAUAAUAUAUGGAGACAUGCUGAUGGUUUAAUAAGCGAUAUAUUAAAUGAAAAAUUAAAUGAUCUAAAUGUAUAUAUACAAGAAUAUAAGAAGAAAUAUGAAACUUUACAUGAUGAACAAUCCUAUCGUAUUAGUAAAAGUGGUUUAAUGGAAAAAUUUUUAGAUGAAUUUGAUGAAAGAAUAAUGGAACAAAAAAUGACCUAUAGUAGUAAUUUUAAACUUUUAAUACUUAAAUGUGAGUCAAUUGAUGAAAUAAAAAAUUUCAUUCAUACAUUUAUAGAUGAUUUAGAAAAGUUAAUAAAUUAUAUACAUGGUAGUUAUAAACAUAUAUUUCAAUUAGUAAAUGAAGGUCCAACUAAAGUAAAACUUAAUGAUUUUAUAUUUAAAUGA